CUUCCCAGCGGUCUUUGAGGCGCCUGAAAACACUGCGGAAUGUAGCAAAGCACUGCGAAAGGUCAGGCCUCCCUCUCACUAGACAAACCUCUACCGCCGUCGUGCCCAUCUGAGAGACAGCAGUUUUUCUACCCCCACCACAGCCGCCCGCAGGCACCGACGCGAAAAAUCGGGUAUAACCGGCAGAAAGACGUCAACUCAUUCUCAGAUAAGACUUUGGGACGAGCUCCUCGGGCCAAGAAACAUCCCAUUUCUACCCGCAGAAGCGAUCCGGCUUGACAUUUAUUGACUGCAGACUGAGCAGAAAAUAAAUUACAGGCAAAUUCAGACGAGUAGAUAGACUGGAGAUGAGGGCAGGGACCUGCUGUGUCUUUUUCCUGGUGGUUGUCCGCUGCCUGGGUGAUGACAAUUCGACGGACGGCAGCGUUGUCACGGAGGAGACGGAAAGGCCCAGGCCCCCGCACCUUAUCUUCAUCAUGGUGGACGACCAGGGUUAUGCAGACAUCGGCUACCAUGGCUCAGAUAUCCACACUCCCACGUUGAACCAGCUGGCAGCAGAGGGGGUGAAACUUGAAAAUUACUACGUUCAGCCUAUCUGUUCACCGUCUCGCAGUCAACUCAUGACAGGAAGCUACCAAAUUCACACUGGACUCCAGCAUUCGAUCAUCCGGUCUCGCCAACCUCUGUGCCUUCCCCCGGACCUCCCCGCCUUACCAGAGCGUCUGGUUGAAGCGGGAUAUGCCACACACAUGGUGGGGAAAUGGCACCUGGGCUUCUGCAGGCCGAGCUGCCUACCGACAGGACGUGGCUUUCAGAGUUUCCUGGGCACAUUGACCGGCAGUGGAGACCAUUACUCCUAUCGGAGCUGUGACGGAGCCGAGGCUUGUGGAUUCGACCUCCACGACGGGGACAGGCCUGCCUGGGAGAUGGCCGGCAACUACUCCACCCUGCUCUACGUAGAGAGAGUGAAGCAGAUCCUGCGGAGCCACAACCCCCAUGAGCCACUCUUCCUCUAUCUGUCCCUUCAGGCCGCCCAUACGCCCUUGCAGGUACCGGACCAUUUUUUGCACCACUACGAUUUCCAGGGCAAUCGGGGCAGGCGGCACUACGCAGCCAUGCUGACCUGCCUGGACGACGGGGUCGGACAAGUGGUCCAGGAACUGAAGGCUAGUGGACUCUAUCAGAACUCAGUUCUGAUCUACUCGUCCGAUAAUGGGGGUCAGCCACUCUCUGGGGGCAGCAACUGGCCGCUGAGAGGAGGCAAAGGGACCUACUGGGAAGGAGGCAUCCGAGCAGUUGGCUUUGUCCAUAGCCCCCUACUGAAGAAGAAAGGUACAGUCAGCAGGGAUCUGAUCCAUGUUUCUGACUGGUAUCCCACACUACUGGGACUGGCCGGGGCCCCGCGGUCCCGCCAUGGGUUAGACGGUCACGACAUGUGGGGAACCAUCAGCGAGGGCCUUCCCUGUCCUCGCACGGAAAUCCUUUAUAACAUUGACCCAGUCUCCAGGAGGCCUGGGGAGCCGUAUGAUAAGGCGUUGGUGCUCAAUGGAUUUGGGAUCUGGGACACUGCCGUAAGGGCGGCAAUCAGGGCCGGGAACUGGAAGCUGUUGACAGGAAAUGUGGGUGACGGGGACUGGAUACCACCCCAGGCUCUUCCCGUUGGUCCAGAACGCUGGCACAACCUCGAGAAGCGGCGCAACAAGCUGGGGAAGUCGGUUUGGCUGUUCAAUAUCACAUCCGACCCUUACGAGAGGUCAGACCUGGCCGAAGCUCAUCCAGAGGUAGUGAAACAUCUUCUGAGGAGGCUGGCAGAGUACAACCAGACAGCUGUGAUGCCGAGGAAUCCACCAGAUGAUCCUUUGGCUGACCCGGAGCUCCAUGGAGGAGUGUGGCGUCCCUGGCUGGGCCUGGAGGGACAGGAGGAGGACAAUGGAGGGAAGGACGGCAGGAAAGAAAGGAUGCUGAAGUUUAAGCACUGCAAAGUAUGUAAAUUAAAAGCCCUCUUUAAGAAGGUGGGGUCACGCCUGCAGAGGAACACUCUUUUCUCCUAAAUGCCUCAACGAUAACUAAACCAGGAGGAAGUUAAUGGGAGAGGGAGAUGGAGACAAAUACAAAUACAAACGGGUAGACAGGCCGGUCAGAUUGACACGAUAGAGCCACAAUUAAACAAUGAAGGUCGACAGACAGACAGGCAACCAGAUAAAAAAAAGCAGACAUCGGCUGAGUGGGAUGACUCACUCACUGUCCUCUCACUCACUGUCCUGCAGCCAGACUACAGCACGGGGACUUCAGGACGUCGUUGCACUGCAUCGGGAGCAAUGUUUGUGUCAUUGUGCAUGUAGGCCUGUGUUCACGAAUAGUCGGAUUGAUACAGAUGGAGUGCAUUCAUGUGUACGUGAGGCCUGAAGAGACGAGAAGAGGAACUGGAGGUCACCUCCCGAUGUCUCAACUCCUAAUCACCCAAGAGGACCCUUAUGAGGAUGACACAACUCCCACAGGGGUUGUUUCUGUGAAGUGUCGCCUUGUUCUGUUGUUUAGAGAUUGUGCUGUAGCUCACUCUGCCUUUAAAAUACCUCUGACCAUCACGUUUCGUCUGUAAACAAACCAACAAAAGCUCAGUCUUUUCUAGAAAUUUUCCUUUUAUUAAUCUACCAUGUUGGAAAAUGUGUGAAAACAUUCGGAUCUAAAUAAAAUCCUUAAUGCUCAAUCAA